AUUUUUAAAUGCUUUUCACAGAAAUUAUUGACCCCAAAACUUUUGGCAGUUCAUUGUUUUGUGGUGUCACCGCCGGUGUAAGCGGAACGAGUGCGCACGCCAUUCUGUCUUCCGCAAAGACGAGCUAAAAAUGCCUUCCGAUCCUUGGAUGAGCAAACAUGACAGCUGUGCCAAGUUGGGCCAUGAACUCUUUGUUGAACUCAACAAAAGAGAUAAACAUCCACGAACAAGUUCUGCUUACACUAAGCUCAACUCACAGAUCCGGACAUCUAUGAAGAAAUUCUCCAGUGAUGUUGCCCAGUUGAAACCAAUGCUUAUACAACACUCAGCCUCGCACAGACUAACACAGAGGGAGGUUGAACGACGUCAAAUUAUGAUUGAUGAACUCUCCAGUAAACAAAUGAAGCUGGAACUGGCAUUCCGCAAUGAAGGUGACAACAUCAGGCAGAACUUGAUGUCCAGCCCUCCCACAAGCCGUCCUGCUACAAACCCUUGGCUAGAUGAACCAGAAGAGUUCCAAAAUAUGGGUAACCAAAAUCUACGUACACACCAACAGAGAGUUAUUGCACAGCAAGAUGAAGGUCUUGAUGCAUUAUCACGUGUCAUUUCUCACCAAAAACAAAUGGCAGUGGACAUUGGCAAUGAAUGUGAUACACAGAAUGAAAUUAUCGAUGACAUAGGGGACCAUAUGGACAAAAUUAAUGAACGACUCAUUAAAGAGACAAGACACAUCAAAAUUGUUGACAAGAAGUCCAAUACUUGCUGUAAGUCAGAUUUCUUUUUGUUUUUCUGUAUAUUUGUGUUUAUGUUUGUGAAAUCAUAG